CCCAAUUCCGUCAUGGCUUCUGUGGGAGUGAGUCGUAGCCUUCCUCGGUCUCGCCGGGAUCCGGAGGAGCGGGGCUCGCGGCGGGACAAGUUUUCGGUGCUUCUACCCACCUACAACGAGCGCGAGAACCUGCCGCUCAUCGUGUGGCUGCUGGUGAAGAGCUUCACUGAGAGUGGGUUCAACUAUGAAAUUAUAAUCAUAGAUGAUGGAAGUCCAGAUGGAACAAGGGAAGUUGCUGAACAGUUGGAGAAUAUCUUUGGAUCAGACAAAAUUCUCCUAAGACCGCGAGAGAAAAAGCUGGGACUAGGAACUGCAUACAUUCAUGGGAUGAAACAUGCCACAGGAAACUACAUCAUCAUCAUGGACGCUGACCUCUCCCACCAUCCCAAAUUUAUUCCUGAAUUCAUUAGGAAGCAAAAGGAAGGUAAUUUUGACAUUGUCUCUGGAACCCGGUACAAAGGAAACGGAGGUGUAUAUGGCUGGGAUUUGAAAAGAAAAAUAAUCAGCCGCGGAGCCAAUUUUAUAACACAGGUUUUGCUGAGACCAGGAGCAUCAGAUUUAACAGGAAGUUUCAGAUUAUACCGAAAAGAAGUCCUACAGAAAUUAAUAGAAAAGUGUGUUUCUAAAGGCUAUGUCUUCCAAAUGGAGAUGAUUGUCCGAGCAAGACAGUUGAAUUACACUAUUGGCGAGGUUCCAAUAUCAUUUGUGGAUCGUGUUUAUGGUGAAUCCAAGUUGGGAGGAAAUGAAAUAGUCUCUUUCUUAAAAGGAUUAUUGACUCUUUUUGCUACUACAUGAAAGAAAAGUGUUUAUGUCUCUUUAUCAUGUUCAUUUCAAUUAAAGCUUAAAAGAAGCCUUGUUGAUGAUUUUUAUAAAAUGUAUUCUUAGAGUAUAAAUCAUAAAGUAAGGUAUAUCAUGUAAUUUUUUCCCCUGAAAAAACACCUAUAUUUAAAAAUUAGGAAAUGAAUAAUUUCCUCAAUUUUUAUUUACAUUUUACUAUAUGAUCUAUAAAUAAAUGUGUAUGAUUUUCUUUUGCAUAAAAUAUUGUUUUCAUUGGAGUAUGUUAACGCAGAAUUUCUCAUAGGGAAACAAUUUUAAAUGUUCUUUGUAAAAACUGAAUUAGUAGCUCUUGGUACCUAACAUAUCAAAAGAGGAAAUUAAUUAUACUCAUGAAAUACAAAUGGCUGUUUCUGUAUGAAGUGUGGUCGGGGAAGGAAUAUACAUCUUUGCUCUUUUCUCUAAAAUGUACCUUAAAUUCACACAUUUUUUAAAACCAGCUAAAAUAGUGCGUUUAGUUCAAAAUUGGAAGGUUUUUGUGUUUGCAACUCUUGAAUUUAAAUGUUUCAUCUACCAAAACAAGUUUAUUUAAAGGAUGUAUUAGAAAUUAGAUACAGCGAGGUGGCAAUUGACUGCAUGGCUGGUUGUUUUACUCUCUUCUGAACCUCUUUAUCAGUAAGGAAACAAAAUGAAAACAUUGAGGGACAAACUUAGUGCCUAUAGUAAUUUUUAAAUAUCUUACUGAAUUACUUCUAUAAAGAUCUUUUCCUAAAGUC